AUUGGAGUCGCGUGGAAAGAAGUUAUUUUUUCUUCACUCUCUGUAACAACUUUGGCUAAACAUCGGAUAUUUUAUUUUUGGGGGGGAUAGAAAUAAUCAGAUCAGCAUCCAAAAUGUUCGAAGAAGUCAGCGAAGUCAUGGAAAUGUUUCGGAAUGCAUUUCCAUUAUCAUUUCUAUUCUUUAUUCCCAUUCUGAUUGCCUUAACGCCGGUCGGUGCAGCAAAUGAAUUUUCAGUUUACAAAAUGCAAAGAUAUGAUUUGCAAGGAACAUCAUUUGGUUCUAAGAAUUUUUUGAUUAAUAUGGAAGCUAGACCUGUUGGAUCAAGUUCUAUGACUAGAAGAUGUAUAGUAGCUAGACUAGAAGAAGUGACAUUAUCUGGGUAUAGAGACUGGGUCAGCCAGAAUGCUGGAGGAUUGGUCAUUCUCAUACCUGAAAAUAUUCAACAACUCUCUGAAAAGGAGAAGAAGCAUCUUCAGAAUCUAGAAGAAGAUUUACUGGUAGAAGAAAGUGGAAUUCCUGUUUACUUUGCACCAGAAACUGAAGAACUAGCAGAAAUCUAUGAAAGUAUAAAGAAUGGUGCUUCUGGAGAUCAGGCAGCUACUGCUUGGCAAGCUUUUCUUGGGGCUGCUACAGCAAAUGGUUUCCAGAUGGUAAUGACUGGACCUGCAGAGAAACCUUUGACAGAUUUCCCUAUAGCCAGUAUUCAGGGUCGUCUAUCUGGAAGUGGUAUUGAAGAACAGUUGCCAAGUAUUGUUAUAGUAGCUCAUUAUGAUUCCUUUGGUGUGGCUCCUGGUUUAGCUCAAGGUGCAGACUCUAAUGGAAGUGGUGUAGUAGUAUUAAUGGAAUUAGCCAGAUUAUUCUCUAAAUUAUUUACCAAUUCCAGAACACAUGCCAAAUAUAACUUAGUGUUUUUAUUAUCGGGUGGUGGUAAAUUUAACUAUCAAGGUACUAAAAGAUGGAUAGAAGAUAACCUCGAAUUAGAUGCCAAUGUGUUUACCGAUGCUGCUUUUGUCCUGUGUUUGGAUUCACUUGGAGCUGAUCAAACUUUGAAUCUUCAUGUAUCUAAACCACCUAAAGAAGGCAGUGCUGGAGCAGAAUUUUUAAAGAAUUUAGAAGAACUCGCCAAGUCUAGAUCACCAGCUGUUAAAUUUAACAUGGUACACAAGAAGAUUAACUUAGCUGAUGAAAUGUUAGCCUGGGAACAUGAACGAUUCAGUAUUAAGAGAUUACAGGCUUUCACCUUGUCACAUUUGGACAGUCAUAAAUCACCACUUAGAUCUUCUAUCUUAGAUACCAAGGAGAAUGUAAAUGUAGAAGUGUUAAACAGAAAUGUUGGAAUCAUAGCAGAGUCCUUGGCAGCUUUUAUUUAUAAUACAUCAACUACUAGUGUGUCUCAGUUAUUCUCACAGUCAUUGGGUCCUCAAGCGAGUAUUGAAUCUGCCAUGUUAAAUUAUUUAAUACAAGAAUCUAGAUGUGCUCAGUUAGUAGCACCAGAACAUAGUCUAAUAACUACUUUACAAGAUACUAUGUCCAGAUAUCUUAAAGAUGUUAAAAUAUCUACUCAUAAAGCUGAUAAAAGAGAUCCUGAAUUUCUGUUUUAUAGUGGUUCACAAUAUACAAUGAAUGCCUAUAAUGUAAAGCCAGCAGUAUUUGAUCUGUUUUUAGCAGCAGCUAUCGCAGCUUAUCUAGUCAUGAUCUGGUUUCUAUCUCAGAAUAUGAAUGUGCUAUUUUCAACAAUCAAGAAAUAUGUACAGUCACCACAGAAAGUGAAAUCCCAAUAAGAAAACCUAACUAUAUUAAUGUUGAUAUUUAUGAUACAAUGAAAACCUUAUAAUAUAAGUAUAUGUAUAAAUUAUGUGUAACACAUUACUAGCUUGAUAUGAAAGAAAGUUGAUUAUGCCUCUGCCAGUGCUUUUGAGAUUAGGUCCAUAUCAGCUCUCACCACCCAAUACCUAAAUAUCCCAUCCAUAUAUCACAUCAUAAGAACUGGUAGAGCCAUAUUUGUUGGGCUAAUAUUAAGUAUGUAUAUAGUAUGCAAGAAAUCAAAUUAGAACAAAAGUUUGUAAUCAAGUUUGUUUGGAAUGUUACCUUCUAUGCAUCUGAUAAUAUUUGUAUGUUUGUGUAUUUUGCCCUUGAUUAGUUAUUCUUUUCAUUUUGUUUAUUUAUCUCAUAUAUUCAUUCCAAUUUUUACCUACAAAUGCAUUAAAAUAUGACAACAAAAUUUGAAAUGUUUCUACGUUUAUUGUACAAAUGAAAUUAGAUAAAUUUUAAUCACC